AUGAGGACUCCAUGUUCUUCAAGAAUAGACUUUGAAACGAUUAGAAACAGUUCAGGAGUUGGGGAGUUGAUCAAAGAUCUAGAUGUUAAUUAGGAUAUCACUUUAUCUCUUUUCGUAAUGCAUUAACUUAUCCUUGGUACUGAAUCAGAUAUAUACAAUCCCAUCUCUGUUUCAACUCCUGCUGAUCUACCUUUUUAAUGGUCUGACGAUGAAAUUGAUUUCAUUAAAGAUAUUCAGACAAUCGCUCUUAUUAGAAAGAUGAGGGAUUAAAAUACCAAAGAAGCUCAUGAGGUUUAUGAUAUAGUUCUCUAGCAUAAUUAUGUCGACAAAUUUUGCUCUGGAGAUCAAACCAAAGAAAAUUUUGUUACUCAAUAUCUUGAUGCUUGGUAGAUUUCUUAGACAAGAUUGAUCCAGUAAGAAUUCAAUCUCAAAUAUUACACUAUGGCCCCAAUGAUUGAGUCUAUAAAUCACACUCAAGGGAAGCAUUCAAUAUGCUAGGUAGUAGAUUCCGAGGGUAAUGUAUUGACUGAAAACAAUAUCGGAAACCUUAAUUGCUAUUGCAUACCUGGUUUUGAAGCAGUUAAUGGUGCAUAUUUCCCUCCAUCGGCAGAGGAACUAGAGACAAUUAUAACUGAAGUCCCUAUCGAAAUGGUAAAAGACUCUACAUCAUAUUUUGAGCCACCAGAGGGUUCCUUCUUUUAAUUAGUUAGCGCUUACGACUUAGAAGAAGGAGAGUAGAUUCCAUUCAAUUAUGGGCACAUGACAAAUAGAUAUCAUUUUAUCAACUAUGGUUUCUUCUUAAGAAACAAUGACUAUGAUUGUUUUUCAAUCAAACUUAAAGUUUCUGAGAAAGAGAGGUUCAUUAUCUUGCACAAGAACAAUAAAAAUGAUAAAUUUCUAGCAUCAUGUAAACAAGUUCUUAAUGAUGCUGGAUUAACUACUUGUACUUAUGCUUUGGUAUGCUAGUUUGCUAUAGAUCUAAUAAAGCAGCAAUACAUCUUAGAUUUUGGUAGCUCACUGGAUGAUGCAGAAGAGAGAAUAGAAGAAUUUGAAAACAAUAGAAAGAGAUUAGCUUAUGAAUUUAGAACAGAGCAAAGACAAAUUUAUUCUUAGCACGUUGUUGAGCUAUAAAAGCUAAUAGUCUCCAAAAACAACACUCUGUUUUAAUGA